AUGGGCUACACAACACUUUGGAAACGACUCUCCCCGCGUCAAGUUAAUUUUUUAAUCCAGACUUUCUCAGUUGUCUCUAUACUCUUCGAGGGAUAUGACCAAGGGGUAAUGGGAGGUGUCAAUGCCUCGCCAACAUAUGUCGCUGAAGUCGGCAUUGGAAAGCUCGAUGGCACUGUGACUGGCACAACACAACAAGGUGGCCUAGUUAGCAUAUACUACCUAGGGUGUAUCUUUGGGUGCUUUGCUGGCGGAUGGCUUGCGGAUCGCCUUGGCCGUAUCAAUGGUCUGCUGUUUGGAUCACUCUUUGCCCUUGUUGGAGGUGCUUUACAAGCCUCCAUUCAGAGCUCGGACUUCAUGUUAGUUGCGCGUGUGGUAACGGGGAUUGGCACAGGAGCGUUAACUGGGAUCACCCCAGCCCUAGUCAAUUUGGGCAUCUCUGUCGCCUACUGGCUGUCCUUUGGUCUCUCCUUCAUCAAUCACGGCUAUUCAGACUUCGGGUGGCGCUUCCUCCUCGCAUUCCAAUGCAUCCCGGCCCUUAUUCUUGUUAUCUGCAUCAAAGCAUUACCAGAUAGUCCACGAUACCUUGUAUCGGCCGGACGGAACGAUGAGGCUCGCGAUCUGUUGAAUCGUAUCCGGUGUCACAGAACCAGUCAGAAAGAGAUCGACCGGGAAUAUCUGGAAAUCCUCCCCAAUUUAGUUUGCCAUGAUUCUUUUGGAAAAGGUGGCAGACCAGGAGCGAAUUUAGGUCGCCGUGCCUGGCUCUGUAUUUUGCUUCAAAUCAUGGCAUCUUGGACUGGUAUCACGGCUGUGACGGCGUAUUCACCGGUGCUUCUCAGUCAGGCUGGAUAUAGCGAAACCAAACAGAGUGGGUUAGCUGGUGGGUUGAACUCGAUCGGUAUCAUUGGUACUAUUACUAGUGCUCAAAUUGUGGACCGCCUUGGUAGACGCAAGUGCCUAGUACUUGGUUCUGCUGGUUCCUUAUAUGAAGGCUCUCUUCGCCAUCCAGACAAAGCAAUCCAAUAUGCACCGGGGGCUGUCGCAAUGCUCUUCCUUUUCAACUUGGGCAACUUAGGGCACGAUAGCCUUCUCAUACCUACAGAGAUCUUCCCUUCAGACCUGCGGGCCCAAGGAAACGGUUUCGGUAUAACGGGGUGGGCGAUUGGUGUCGGUAUGACAACUCUCAUCAAUCCUAUCAUGUUCGGCAAUAUCAAGAGCCGUAGCUACUUCCUCCUCGCCGGCUUGAAUCUUUGUUGGGUUCCGAUAGUAUAUCUCUUUUAUCCUGAAACUCGCAACCGAUCAUUGGAGUCCAUCGAGGCUUUGUUUUCGACGCCUAGUCCGUUCUAUUGGGAGAUGGAGCGAGCAUACUACUUGCAUGGCAGCGUGCUUGUUGAAAGGAUUGAAACGAUGAUUUGUAGGCCUUCAAUAUCAGUCCUUAUCUGCAUUGUGGAUAGAGGACAUAUACGUACGUGUUUAUCUGAGCAACUACAGUGA